UCACCGCCUCCACUUCAUAUAAUCUCUCUCUCUCUCUCUCUCUCUCUCUCUACAACAAUUCCUCUCUCUCUAUACAUACACACACUCUCUUUCUCUCUCUAACUCCAUUGAUAAAAAGAAACACAGAGCAGUACUUUCGUGUUCUUCAAACUGGCGAUCGAUAACCAAGAAUCGAGUGUCCGAGAAAUCAAGCCCAAGAACAGGCGAAUCAUGGGAGCUGGAGGUCCUGUCGAUGAAGAUAACAGAUGGCCUCCUUGGUUGCAGCCUCUUCUCCAGCAGACAUUUUUCGUUCAGUGCAAAUCACAUUCCUAUUCACACAAGAGCGAAUGUAAUAUGUAUUGUUUGGACUGUAUGAACGGUCCUCUCUGUUCUCUCUGUCUCCAGCACCACAAGGACCACCGUGCCAUUCAGAUACGGAGGUCAUCGUACCAUGAUGUGAUUAGAGUGUCUGAGAUUCAAAAGUACCUGGACAUCGGUGCAGUGCAGACCUAUGUUAUCAACAGUGCAAAGGUUGUGUUUUUGAAUGAGAGGCCACAGCCAAGGCCUGGCAAAGGUGUCACCAACACAUGUGAAGUCUGCGAGCGGAGCCUCCUCGACUCCUUCCGUUUCUGCUCUCUUGGUUGCAAGAUUGUGGGAACAUCCGGUAAUUUCCAGCCACGGUUGCCGGAGAAAAAGCGGUCACGGAUAGCAGCAUUAGCAGCAUCGGACUCGGAUGGAUCAUACGGUAGCAGCAGCCGCCGCCUCCGCCUGCAGGAGGGCAAUGACCACCACAACAAAGUCCAGAGCUUCAGUCCGUCAACACCACCUCCAACUGUGGUUAAUAACAGAACGGCCAAGAGAAGAAAGGGUAUUCCCCACAGAGCCCCAAUGGGGGGAGGAUUCAUCAUAGAAUAUUAGCCCCACUACUUCUGCUUAAUGACGCUUGUGCCCCACAUAUACAAACUGAUAUUAUAGUGAUCCCCACCCCUAGUCCCCUUUCAAAGAAUAGCGCUGGAAAUAACCCUAGUUUAUAUCUUUAUCUGUCUCUAUCUUUAUCGUAUAUACAAAGGGCUAGAGUGAAAUUAAUAUAAUGUGGAAGGACUAAUAGUUGAAGGCAGUGUUUGGGUUUUAGAAUAUACAAAGCAUAGCAAUGUUUAUGUUAAGUUUUCCUCUUCUACUGGUGGGUGGAAAUGUAAAUAUGCUUUUGUACUAUGUUUGUUAUCUUUGGUAUGGGAUGGCAAUGUUCUACUCCUUUGUCUA